AGCUGAUGGUCUUGAUGUGGAUUAUGUAUAUUUCUGUUCAUAUUCCUGCAUUCCUGCUGUCUGCGCAUGUAUUUCGACGAUACGACGUGUCAGACUACUGUAUUUAAUUAAACUACUGUAUUUAAUUAAGGCUAUCUUAAUGUAAGCGCAAGACUAAAACGACUAAAAUAUAUACAUAAAUAUCAGUAGCCUCAGCGUUAUGUGUUGUGUGUGUUUUGUGCGUUUUGUGUGCGUAAGAAAAAAACAACAGUUACAAUAAUCAAUCACGGGCAUUACCAACCAUUGUCGUUAAUUCAAAUAUUGUUUAAUUAGUAAUUGUUGAAGUAUUUUAAAUUGUUUGUUUGAAAAAAUAUACCUAUAUAAUUAUUAUACUUUUUAUUCUAGAAGUACAGCAAUAGUUAUGUGUGGUUGGGAAUAACCUGACAUUAAUAUAAGUUUUUAAUAUAUAUUACUCAGCUAUUUAUUUUACUAUACCUAUUGGUAUCUUUAAUAUUUAACUCAGUAUGUUCUGUUGAUGAAAAUAGUAGCUUUUGGAUAGUUAUUUUCCCGCGUAAAUUGUCUCGGAGAUCGAAUAUUAGUUGAGUAGUGUCGAGGCAAAAGAACUAGGUUAGAUCCAAAAAGUGAAAUACGAUAUUAUUUUUUGUCGUACCCUUGUAAAGACAAUGUUUAAUUUGUAACUCUUAUAUAAUUAUUAAAUAAUUGUGCAUAUACACAUAUAUAAGACAAACAAUUAUAAUUAUUUAUUGUCGCGCUGCAAUCGUAUAUACCAGUAUAUAAGUAUGUCGCAGACGUCAGUAACUGCAUAUUUUAACUCGCGAAAACGACAAGCAACCGAUGAGCUCAAAAAUAAAACAAAGGUCCUCAUUUUAGAGCGUGAUAAAAUGCAAAUAACGCGAGCAACUGAUAAAAUUAACGAGGAUAUCGAACUUGAUAAUGAAUCUGUUAAAAUAAUUAAAAAAAACGAUGCUACGGAGAAAAUAAAUGUUGUAAAACGAAUUAUUCAAUUUGAUGGUGCCAAAAUAAUUACACCAAGAACUCCUCGUGUUACUCGUUCUCGUAUUAAGAGUAAAAAAAAUACUGUCUUAGAAGGUCAAACUGACAUUAUGAAAUCUUUUUUAAAGAUAAAUAAUGAAAAACAGAAUGUUGUUUUUGAAAAGAAAGGACUGCUUAGCCCGAGAAAAAAUUUGACUUCAAAAGGAGUUAUUGAAGAACAAUCUGGUGAAUCUAUUAUCCCGACAACGAUUCCCUUGAUGGAGCGAUUAGCACAACAAGAUUUAAGUUUAGAAGAAAUAAAGAAUCGUAUAAAUAAAUCUUCAAGAUUGGAUGAAUUGAAAAAGCGUAUUGAUAUCAUUAACGAGUGCAAAAAAAAACUUGAUAACCUGCAAAAUUCAGAUGAACCAUUACCGAAAAUAAAAAAAUUUGACAAGAUUCAAUUAGAAGUUCCCGUCAGCCCCCAAAAGAGUUUAAAAUCACCAUUAAAGACUCCUGUGAAGAAAAUUGAUUUAUCAUCAAAUGCCAGCCCUCAACGACGACUCCUCUUUUCACCUAAGGAAUCAACACCAAGUCCAGUUAAAUGUAGCCCUAACAAGACUCCUGCUUAUCAAAGAUAUCAGUCUAUUAGUCAGAGUGAAACUCCUGCACUUUCCUUACCAUUCAGUUACAGAUUUUUAGCUGAAGUUUUUCGUUGCAUUGAUACGGUUGCAGCAAUGUUGUUCAAUCGAAAAGAAACAAUUACGUUCCGGAAACUCAAACCAGCUGUGCAAGAACUUCUUCGCCAUAAUUUUACUUUAGAACAUUUAGCUCAAAUAAAAAGUAUUUAUCCGGAUGCUUACAAUUUUAGCCAAGAAAAAAUGCGAAAUUUUGGAUCUACCUCGAAGCUUGAAAAGUAUGAAUUAGUAUUAACACCCUUCGUUGAAAAUACAACUAAAGAACAAAGUGAUAGGGAUAAUCUUAAUGAUAAUAAUAUUUACAAUACCACGUCUGAUACAACUAUGGGGCCAAACAUUCUGUUACAACGACGAAGAAAGUUGUACAAUGCAUUAUUAGAGAGAACUAAAAUGCAUCAUGAAAUAUUUUUGAAGAGUUUGGAAAGUCCACUUAUCAUUCCAAAAGAAAAGAUAACUCGUUGGCAUCCAGAAUUUGACGUGGAUAAUUGUCCAAUUAUCGAAGUAGCAGAAUUACCUCAACCACCCACCACAGAAAAAGCAUUAUCUGCUAAGGAUGUCCUUGAGAGAGCUAAAACUUUAUUCAAUGGCAAUACUCGGAUGGAAAAAGCUUUGCAACGUCUGGCUGAUGCUAAAAUGACUUUAAAAAGUGAUUUAUCGCCUGCAAAAAGUAAUGUAGAUCAAAUCAAUCAGGAGAGUGCAAAACAAACUGAAAUCAACACUUCAGAUACAGUUUCGAAUUCUCCACUGACAAUUUCAAGCAAUUUUACCAACCCUGCAUUAAAGGGUAUUCCUAAAGCUCUACUUGAACGGAUUCGUGCGAAGCAAGCUGCAAAAGCUUUGGAGGCAAUGACUCGUACACCAAAUGAAGAAAAAGAAGCCACAAUAUAUGCAAGACUUCCAGAGUUAGCGAAAAUUCUAAGAAAUAUUUUUGUUGCUGAAAAAAAAUGUGUACUCCUUUUAGAGUUUGUUAUUGAUAAGCUCGAUAAUUCUUAUAGAACUAAACUAACAUCCAAAGAGUUAGAAGAACAUAUCAAACUCAUGUGUAAAUUACUUCCGACAUGGGUGACUAUUCAUCAUAUUCGAAAGCAAGAUUAUCUAAAAAUAUCGAAAGACGUUGAUAUCGCUAAGGUCGUUAAAAAAUAUGAAUUGCAAGCUAAUAAUAAAGUCAAAGUUUGAUGUUUUUUCCAAAUAAUUAAUGAAUUUCACCUAAUAUUGUAUACUAUUGAUAAAUUAAUCAACUUUCAAAUAAUUAUCAUUUUUUUACAGCAGUGUGUUAUUGAUGAACUAUGAUUUUCAAUUAAUAAAAAAUUAAAUUUAAAUUUGAAA